AUGCUGCUGCUCCAGAUUGCUGCCCUCGCCUCCGUGGUAGCGGCCUCUCAGUGUGGCCUGAAGAAGCUGGAGAACCUGGUGACGUUUGGUGACAGCUACACUGACGAAGGCAGGCUGGGCUACUUCAUCAACCACAACGGUACCGCUCCGCCUGCCGGCACCCUCCUCCCGGAAAGCAACUCUACAGCGAGUGGUGGGUAUGCUUGGGGCCGAUUUGUGGCCAAGUCCACGGGCGCCAAAUACUACAAUUACGCCGUCGCCGGAGCCACCUGCUCGAACAAGAUCAUCUCGCGAGAUUUCCCGGCCAUUUACCAGCCGUUCCCCUCGGUUUUAGAUUACGAGAUCCCGGCCUACAAAGCCGAUCUUGCUUACAAUGAAUUGUACCCGAACAGGCAGGCGAACAACACGGUCUAUGCGCUGUGGAUCGGGACGAACGACUUGGGAUAUGGUGCCUUUCUCACUGACUCUCAAGCUCCCGGAACGACCAUCUCGACCUACGUGGAUUGCAUCUGGGAGGUGUUUGACCACGUCUACGAGACGGGUGGGCGACAUUUCGUUCUCCUGAACCUGGUGCCAUUGGAGCAGUCUCCCCUGUACGCCGCGACUGAUCGUGGGGGCUUUGCAGACAGCCAGUUCUGGCCUAACAAGACGGCCUACAACACGACGGAAUAUCAGUACAAGAUGCUGGAAUAUACGACCAGUGCCAAUACCAUGUUCGACUACGGCGCCCCUUUCCACCUGCUCGUCAAGAAGCGGUGGCCUGGCGCAAGCUUCUCCAUUUUUGACGCCCACAAGCUGCUAAGCGACAUCCAUGCGGAACCGGCCAAGUACUUGGACUCGCCUGCGAAUGUGACGGGCGUGUACAGGGUAUGCGAUCCGGUUACUCGAGCCUGCGUUGACUCUUCCGAAUCGAAGGCUAGCUUCUUGUGGUUUGACGAGCUUCAUCCUUCGGAGCGUGCAGACGAGAUUGUCGCCAAACACUUUGUGGAUGUUGUCAAUGGAAACUCAGCAUAUGGCACGACUUACACGUCCUAA